AUGUUAAAACCAAAGGCAUUGAGUGACGUCUUAGCUCAAGUGACAGGUGGUGGUAUUCAAAGUACAGUACUUUUGACGCGUGAUGGUGCUUUGUUAGCCUAUUCUGGAUUUGAUGGUGGAAAAGAUGCAAAAAUUAUUGCUGCCAUGGCGAGUAGUAUGUGGGGAGCACAUCAACGAUCACGCACCCCAUCCACAAUUCGAAAUGGUGUUGGUUCUGGCGAUCUUAACAUGAUUUUGCUGGAUUCCGAAGAAGGAAAACUUGUCAUUUCCGCGGUUGCCAAUCAACUUUUAUGUAUGGUUUCUAAACCCAAUGUCGAAUUGGGCAUUUUGAAAGCUAAAAUGGAUGCAUUAACGUCAUAUUUACAAGAACCAUUGCGUCAAGUAUCACAAGGCAGUUGA